AAAGCGAGGGCGCGGGUGUACGCAUGCGCGGCCAUGGCCGGCCCAGACUGGAGGAAGCGAGCGCUGCCGAUGCUGGCGGGGGCGGCGCUGGGGUCCGCGCUCGCCGCCGAGGUCCUAGCGCUAUUGCUGCUGCGGCGUCGGGGGCGCGCCGAGGAGCGGUUCCCUUUCUGGACGCUGGCGGCGCUGUUGGGCUUGCUCGGGAACGCGCUGGAGGGCGCGCGCCGCUUCGUCACCGCCUCGCCCAGCACGCGCGGCGUCAUGCUCGCCGGCGCGGGGCAAGGAUGGGAUUACUGCUAUUCCUGCCAGUCCCACGUUCCUCCCCGCUGCGGCCACUGCUUCUCCUGCAACGUCUGCAUCCUGCGCCGUGACCACCACUGCACUUUGCUGGGCCAGUGCCUGGGCUACCAGAACUACCGCUACUUCCUCGGCCUGCUGCUCCACGGCGCCAUCCUCCUCCUGUGUUGUGCCGUUCUCAAUGCCGACGUGGUGUGGACUCUACUGCAGGAGAAACCCCUGGCCCAGACGGUGCUCCUGCUGAUCUUGCCGUGGCUGAUGCUGCUGACUGGGCAAGUGAACUUCACGGCCUUCUUCUUUGCCAUGGUGACCGACGCUUGCCUGGUGGGCUGCCUCUUCUGUGCCGGGUUCCUGCUCUUCCACGGCCUGCUGGUGCUUCGGGGCCAGACCACCAAGGAGUGGUUCGAAGGCGACCGCAAGUAUGACAUCGGUUGGCGGGGAAACCUCCGGGAAAUCCUGGGCGAACGCUGGCACCUCGCGUUGUUCACCCCUUUCGUGGCUUCUCCUUUGCCGGGAGACGGCAUCACUUUCCGAACCCGGCCUCCCAAAUUGGAGCCCCUCCCCAAAACCCGCGACCUCUAAAGGGUUCCUGCGCUGUUUGACGGGAGAACAAUGGCGGUCUCGACUUGGAACACCGAUGAUUUUUAAAAA